GUCAGCAAUGUUAGCCAUUAGAUUAGUGAUAGUGGUUAGUUGAAUUAUUGAAAUAUAUCGUAAAGAAAGUGCCUGGAACUUCACUCAAAUUUUUUUUUUAACAUGUCUGCUGAAAUCUAUGUGCCAACAGUAUUUGUAUUUGAUUCAUCGGAUAAGAAUGCUUAAGUUUGUGCAAUUAUACAUCAACCUACAAAUUUACUUUUAGAUCAGCUCAAUCUCUAUAGAUUCCUUCUUCUCCAACAGCCUCAUCUGUGUUGUUUCCACACGCAAGUUCUUAUUAUCAUAUAACUCUUUGAACAACUUCAUUUUAUAUGUUCCAGAAAGUCAAUAGUUGCGGUCACAGACACCCUUUGUUUAGUUUAAGUUAUUGAAAGAAAUUUUAACGAAAGUGCAUGCUUGGAACUUUUCUUCAGUUUCUACUUUUAAUCUUUGCUACCAAGAGUUUUGUCCCAAGAAUUAAGAAGUUCCUAAUUUUGGUGCAAAUCAAACCUGAACUUGAAAACUGAUCAGAUCAGCAUAAUCUCUGUUUUCAAUCUCUCUUCAGACAGACUGAUCUGCUUUUUCCCCCUUGUUUCCUUUGUUUGUGAAGAACUUGUCACCAGUUUCAAAUUAUGUCGACUCUGGAGAGUUUUUGGUCCCAAGGAAGCAUGUUUUGACUUUUCUGCGCAUUGUGCAAUAUGGCUUCCUAUUCUGUUUCUUCUUCUCUCUUCCCCCAAAAAGAAAAGUAUGAUGUUUUUCUCAGUUUCAGAGGCGAGGAUACUCGCCAGACUUUUACUAGCCAUCUUCAUGCUGCUUUGAUAAGGAGGAAAGUGGAAACCUACAUAGAUUACAGACUUGAGAGAGGAGAUGAAGUUGGACCCGCCCUUCUAAAAGCAAUCAAGGAAUCAAAGAUUUCCGUGAUCAUUUUCUCAAAAGACUAUGCUUCUUCCACAUGGUGCUUGGAUGAACUUGCCUAUAUACUGGAAUGCAAGGAAAAACAUGGACAAUAUGUUAUACCUGUUUUUUACGAGAUAGAUCCAUCACAUGUACGCUACCAGAUGGGAAGUUAUGAGACUGCAUUUGCUACACAUGAACAAAGGUUGAAGAACAAGACGGACAAGGUGCCCAAAUGGAAGGAAUCUUUAGUAAAAGCAGCCAACCUAUCUGGGUUUGAUUCAACUUCAAAAACUGUUGGGCAUGAUUACGAUUUAGUUGAGCAAGUCGUCAAAGAUGUGUUGGCUAAAUUGAAUCGUGAAUCAGCAAGUGAUUUAACUGGUUUGAUUGGAGUUGAAAGCCGCAUUAAGAAAAUUUUAUUGGAAUUAGACAUCAUCCCAGAAGAUGUUCGUGUUCGCUCUGUGGUUGUCUGGGGUAUGGGUGGUAUUGGCAAGACCACGCUUGCUGAUGCUGUAUUUCAGGGACUCACUUCUCAAUUCGAAGCUCACUGUUUUCUUGCAAAUGUUAGGGAACGAUCAGGUACCAAAGGAGCUUUCUCUUCUGAACUGUAUCAUUUGCGAAAUGAACUUCUUGGAGAAUUACUAGGGGACAGGAGUUUAGCUAUCUGUACUCGAACAAUAGGUGCUGUUUACAAAGAAAGGCUCCGCCGUACAAAAGUCCUUGUUGUUCUUGACGACGUGAAUGAUUCAAGCCAGUUAAUAUUUUUAGCUGUAGAAGUCCCAUUUGGCCCAGGAAGUAGAAUAAUUAUAACAACUCGAGAUAUGCUACCAGUUAGGGAAACUCUAGUGAUGAAGGAAUUAGCUGACCAUUAUGUUAAGAUCUACGCGGUGGAGGAAUUAAAUGGUGUUGAAUCUCUUCAGCUCUUCCAUUCAAAUGCUCCCACACAAUGUACAGCAAAUUCAGAACUUCUAAAGAAGGUGGUAGAUCAUGCUGCAGGCAUUCCAUUAGCCCUUAAAAUUUUGCAUUCUUUAUUUCUUCGAUACAAGAGGAUUGAAGAAAUGGAAUUGUUGUGGUAUAAAUUUAAAAAGUUUCCCAACAAAAAACUUCAGAAUGUGUACAGAGCAAGUUAUGAUGGAUUAGAAAGAAAUGAGAGGGAGAUAUUCCUUGAUAUUGCAUGUUUUCACAGAAGGGAGAAACUUUGUGAUGUAAAAAGAGUGUUAGCUGCCUGUGGUUUAUAUCCGGAUGAUGGAAUCAAAAUUCUCAUUGAUAUGUCUCUCAUAUCAAUUAAAGACAACCGCAUAUGGAUGCAUGAUGUGAUCCAAGAAAUGGGUUGGGAGAUUGUCCGCGAAGAAAGUAUUGAAAAGCCGGGAAAGCGCAGUAGGUUGCACAAUGGUGAGGAUGUCUGUCAUGUAUUAAGAAGGAAUACGGGAACUGCAAAAGUUCAAAGCAUUUCCAGCCUGAAUUGUGUUAAGAGGCUAACGUUAGAUCCUCAAGCUUUCACAGGAAUGCAUAACUUGAGACUCCUUAUGCUUAUAUUUAUACAGCUUGACCACAAGACAAAUCUUGAGUAUCUUCCUGAUGCCCUUCGAUAUAUAUUUUGGCAUAGUUACCCUUUCGAAUCUUUGCCAUCGAAGUUUUCUCCAAAAAAUCUUGUUGAGCUUCAUAUGCCCUGGAGCAAACUCAAGAGACUUUGGAAGAAAGGCCAGAAUCCUGAGAACUUGAAAAUGAUCAAUCUUAGUUACUCCAUGGACCUGGUUGAAGUUGCAGAUCUGUCAAAUUGUGUAAACAUUGAAAGUAUAGAUUUUCAAUGCUGUAAAAGUUUGGUUAAAGUUUCAGAUUUGUCAAAGAGUCGUUACAUUGAGAGUAUAAAUCUUCAAGGCUGUAUAAGUUUGGUUAAAGUUCCAGACCUGUCAAAGAGUGUAAAUAUUCAGAGCAUAAAUCUUCAAGGCUGUGAAAGUUUAGUUCAAGUUCCUCCGUAUUUUCAAAAUUUUACCAAGCUUACUCAUCUGAAUUUGGGAGAUUGCUCGAAAAUCAGUAUUCUACCAAAGAUACCAAGCAAGAUGGAAUUUUUAGAUUUAAGUAGAACUGCUCUAGAAGAAUUGCCUCCAUCAAUUUGGUCUCUUGAAAAGCUUGUUAGAUUGAAUCUUCACUGCUGUAGGUUCAUUAAGAAUUUUUCGAGCAGUUCAUGGAAGAUGAUGAAAUCCCUCAACAGUCUUAUUUUGAGCAACACAAAAAUAGAAACAGUGCCCUCGUCAUUACUCAUGUGUAUGACUCGGAUCAUUUCACUUGACCUGAGUUUCUGUGAUUGCCUCGUCAGUCUCCCAACCAACAUUUGUGAGUUAAAAUCUCUUGAGAAACUUGAUCUCUCUGGUUGCUAUAGUUUCACAAACUUUCCGGAAAUUGCGGAGCCUAUGGAACAUCUGCAGUAUCUGAAUUUGAGCGGGACAAAAAUUAAGAAGCUACCCUCAUCGGUUGGGAAUCUUGUUGGGAUUAAGAAAUUAGAUUUAUCUCACUGCACAAGCCUUGAAUUACUCCCAAACAGCUUCUACAAUUUAAACCUACUGGAGUGGUUUUCACUUGGUGACUGUGUCAAGCUAAAAAAAUUGCCUCUCUCGUUCAUUUUGUGCUCCUUGAUAAAUCUAAACCUCGGAGGCUGCAAAUUGUUAGAAGAAAUUCCUGAUUGCUUCACCAGCUUUCCCGCAUUGCAAGUCUUAGAUCUUAGUGGAACCAUGAUUGAGACCAUACCUCCCACCAUCAAACAAGUUUUUGGUCUCAAGUCUCUGAGACUUAAAAGGUGCAAGCGGCUUCAAUCUUUGCCAGUGCUUCCAUCUCUUCUAGAAAAGUUGGAUGUAGCUAAGUGCAUGAGACUUAAGACAGUGUCAGUUUCAGUGACGGCACAGACACGAGGUUUGGAUCAAAUACUUUGUGGGAAGAGGACAGAGAUCCUUACAUUUUCUGCUUGCUUUAAUUUGGAUAAAAAUUCAAGGAGUAACAUAAUGGAUGAUGCACACUUCAGAAUUAUGCGAAUGGCAACUACUCGUAAUCUUAAACGUUUACAAUCUGGUAAAGUUGCAUUAAUGUGUCCGGGAAAUGAAAUUCCAGAAUGGUUUAGCUGUCAAACGGAGGGAUCUUCAAUGAAUAUUAAGCUUCCCCUGCAUUGGUCUGGUGAUUCAAACUUCUUGGGUAUUGCUCUCUGCUCUGUUUUUUCAAUCCAUAAUCAUUAUCAUUAUCUUGAUCAUCAAUGUGAGAUGAUUCUCAAAACCAACAAUGGUGAAACCCGUAGUGUCAAUUUGGGAAGUACAGAGUGCUUCGGGACUAUGCGCCUGACGGGUGAAGCAGAUCACGUGUUUGUGUGGUAUAAUAAAGCCCAUGCAGUUUCAGAUGAAGGAAAAUGGUCGAUGGAAGCCUCUUUCGACUUCUAUACAGAAGUCGAUGGUAAACGGCGGAAUAACGUGAAAAGGUGUGGGGUCUGCUUUCUGUAUGGUCAAGGCCAAGAUGAUGAUGCUCUGAAAUUUGAAGUUAUUCGUCCACAACAAGUUACUACAGCUAGGAGAAGACAUUUCAGAAGCCUCCCAAGUAACAGUCACCAGUCUCACAUAUUGGAUGAGAAUGUUUGGAAGACUAUUUGGAGUUUGAAAGUCCUUCCAAAAAUCAAGUCUUUCUUUUGGAGAGUACUUUGUAAUGCAUUGCCUACCUAUCUCAACUUGUUCAGAAAAAAUCUGGUAAGAAAUCCCAUGUGCCCCAUCUGCCAUGACUACGAAGAAUCAAUAGAACAUGUGUUGUUAUUAUGCCCUUGGGUGGAGACAGUCUGGUUUGGCUCCCCUUUAGGUUAUAAAAUUAACAAAUGCAGAAUCACUACUAUUCAUAAGUGGAUCUUGGAUUUACAUGGUACAUCUACUACUGACAUUGAGAAAAAUUUGGUUCUUACCAUGGGGGGAUUCCUUUGUUGGUCAAUUUGGAAGAGUAGAUGCAGCUUUGUGUAUCAGGGUAAAUCACUCUCUCCGGUUGAUUCAAUCACUAGGGCACUCCGUUUGAUGAAUGAGUUUUUGGCAGCCCAAUCUUUCGGUGCCAACCACUUACUUCUUCACCAUCUUGACCUAAUGUCUGGUCUCCUCCACUAUAGCCACUAAUCAAGGUGAAUUGCGAUGCGGCCUGGGAAAAGGAGACAUGCAAAUCGGGGCUUGGUGUUAUUGCACACAAUCACAGUGGCUCUUGCAUUCGAGGAUUGACUAAAUCUGCAAGUUGUUGCUCUGCCUUGGUAGCUGAAGCGGAGGGAGUUUCUCUGGCUAGAUCUUUUGAGUCUGACAAAAGUUGUGAUAGAGACUGAUUCAAAAGAUGUGAUUCAUUGAUUCAAGAACCCAAUUACGAUUAUCAUACUUACGGUGACUAUGGUAGUGGAAGUGAACUUUCUUCUUAUCACUUUUGCAAUGAAGCUUCAAAAACCUGAAUCAAGGUUUUCAGAACUGUCACCUGGCUUUCGUGACUACAUUUUUCUACAUUCUGUUUGUGUUGAUUUCCACAACAUAGAGAGCGAAACAAGUAGCUUUCUGUGUGUUUAAACAUUUCUGUCAAGUAAUCAAAUUUUUGUAAAA